CCACACUUCCGGAAUGCCUCUUCCGGGACCCAAACUCUUUGUGUGUGUUUGUGGUAAAAGUACGCCCUACGAUUUUCUCCGCUCCCUCCUCUUCUACUUCUUCCUGACUUUGUGGACCGGAAGAGUCCUUAAAUAAAAAUAGUUCGGCAGGUACUUCCGGAACCGGAGACAGGGGUUCCGGGAGAGUGCUGGCGAGGAGGGAAGGCGGCUGCGGCUGGAGUAUGAAGAAGGAGCAGGUGCUGCACUGUCAGUUCUCCGCCUGGUACCCGCUCUUCCGAAGCCUCACCAUCAAGAGUGUUAUUCUUCCACUUCCUGAGAAUGUGAAGGAUUAUUUACUCGAUGACGGAACUCUGGUGGUUUCAGGAAGGGAAGAUCCACCAGCACGUUCUCAGCCACACAGUGAUGAUGAUACAGAAGAAAUACAGUGGUCGGAUGAUGAGAACACAGCCACACUCACGGCGCCAGAGUUUCCGGAGUUCACCACGAAAGUCCAAGAAGCUAUCAAUUCCCUGGGGGGGAGUGUAUUUCCUAAACUUAACUGGAGUGCCCCAAGGGAUGCAUACUGGAUAGCAAUGAAUAGUUCUCUGAAGUGUAAAACCCUCAGUGACAUCUUUCUACUUUUCAAAAGUUCUGAUUUCAUCACUCGUGAUUUCACCCAACCAUUUAUUCAUUGUACUGAUGAUUCCCCAGAUCCUUGUAUGGAAUAUGAGCUUGUUCUUCGAAAAUGGUGUGAAUUAAUUCCUGGGGCUGAGUUCCGAUGUUUUGUCAAGGAAAACAAGCUUAUUGGUAUUUCUCAAAGAGACUACACACAAUACUAUGACCAUAUUUCUAAACAAAAAGAGGAAAUUUGCAGAUGCAUACAAGACUUUUUCAAGAAACACAUACAGUAUAAAUUCCUAGAUGAAGACUUUGUAUUCGAUAUAUAUAGAGACAGUAGGGGGAAGGUGUGGCUAAUUGAUUUUAAUCCGUUUGGUGAAGUCACAGAUUCACUGCUCUUUACUUGGGAAGAACUGAUAUCUGGAAGAAACUUAAAAGGUGAUCUUAGUGAAGGAGAUGCCUUGGAGCAGGAUUCCCCAGCCUUCCGUUGCACCAACAGUGAAGUUACAGUACAACCCAGUCCCUAUCUGAGUUACCGGCUGCCCAAAGACUUUGUAGACCUCUCCACUGGUGAAGAUGCCCACAAACUCAUUGAUUUUCUUAAACUGAAAAGAAGUCAGCCAGAGGAUGACUGAUUGGGGUGCUAGACAUCAAGCACGAGCUAGGAGGAGGACAUGGCCACUGCAGGAGCUGUCUGCCGCCUUGGCUUCCUGUCAGCCUGGCUGAGGGCUGAGGCGGGCAGCAUGGAAAUGAGUAGCUUUUCCUAGUCAUGAAUAUUCAGCGGGGAGAAAAUGGAGGAACUUUGUUACUUGUAAAAAAUAACAUAAUAAAUAGAUCUCAAACAUAGGAAACUAUA